AUGGCGCCUGGUCGCAACGAAACCCUCCAAGGCAAUCUCGGUCGACAAAGAACCGACCAUCAGCAGUACCACCUUCGAGCCAACGAUUUCGAUCAAUCCAUGGUGUGGUUUCAGAACAUGGAAGACCCCAAUGAAGCAUUCCGCGGACCGCCUGGCAAUGGCUAUCACCCUGCUCUGGACGAGUUCACAUUGGCUCCCGGCCAGAGCACGCACCAUGUCUCAACUGCAUCUUCAAACAGCAACAAACGUGGCAAUGUUCAUGGCCGCCCCCGGACCAAUGUAAACCCCAGAACUGGUGGUUUAAAGACAGAAUCCAAUGUUGAGAGCCUAUGGAACACCACAUUGACUUCGACCUCAACCAAAGUUUCCAACAACUUCUCCCCAUCCAUUAAUGUGCAGGGCCCACAGAGAUGGCCAUCUGCCCCAGAACUCAACAACGAGUAUAUCCAACCAUAUGGAUUUCCCCAAUCCCUGGCACAUGGCCUCCCAAACCUUCCAGACAACCCGGCUGUCGGCCCAUCCUUCGAGUUCGGUUGGGUGAUGGGCGGCGUACCCAACGUCGACAGCUCUUCUACGUCCAGCUACCGAGUGAACGGAAGUUCUCCAAACACAGUCUUUGGCAGCUUUUCGUCCUCCAUUGGACCCCAGGACAUGAUGGACAUGGAUGUGACGGAAGAGAACUUCCACAGCCCUUCCGCUUUCCCACCCGACGAGCCGUUGUACCACAACCCUGGUGCCAUACCCCAAGCCUUGCUGUCCCGCUCAGCCGCGCACAAUUUCGGCAUCACCCCCGGGGCGGUCUUCCCAGAGGCCGAGACUGUCUCUCCCAAGAUGCUGAACCUCAAGAACGUGCCUAGCCUCCCCAGCUCAUCCUCUUCCGAGUCACUGCCCAACCCCUUCCGGAUGGAGAGUGACUCUGAUGUGACAUCGGCUGGCGCGUUGCCCCAGGUGAAGACCCUUUCAUCUUCUGCUGUGCAGGCAAGGGGUGGGACUGGUUCCAAGCUGAACAGCGCCGGCCGGAAGCAACUACCAGACAAGGCACCUCACUCAAAGGCCACUUCCAGCAGCAAUGGACCAAAGCGCCGCCAUGGAGGCGAGGCGAGCGGUGAUAAGUUCUCGGCGCCAAGCUCGAAGAAAUCAAAGGCGAAGACCAAAGCUUCCGCCCAGUCCCACUCCCAGACUCAGUCCCAGACUGCUCUCCACCACCGCCACAAAGGCGGAUUCGAUGCCCAUCACAAGACCACCAAGGGCAAGGCGUCGUCGUCCACAUCCGCCACCAGCGCGCCCUCUAAGGGCGCCGCCGAGGAGUCCGCAACCCCACCCCGCUCCGAGAAGGACGAGUACCUGGUGCAGUCCAAGCUGGCCGGCAUGACAUACAAGGAGAUUCGCAAGAACGGCGGCUUCACCGAGGCCGAGUCGACCCUGCGCGGCCGCUUCCGCACCUUGACCAAGCCCAAGGAGGCGAGGGUGCGCAAGCCCGAGUUCCAAGAGAUUGAUGACAAGCUCCUCAAGCGGGCCGUGAUCAAAUUCACCAAGGACGUCGACAAGAUCAGCCGCGACAACGUCCCCUGGAAGCAGGUGGCCGAGUACAUGAUCGACCACGGCGGCUCGUACUCCUUCGGCUACACCACGGUGCGCAAGAGGUGGGAGUACCUGAUGGUCACCAGCGACGAGCAGGUCAAGCAGGACAGGCUGGACCACAGCUCGGAGCUUUGA